UGAUCCCAAGAGUGAUUCAAAGACCACCAAAAGUGAUGACGAUUUGUCACUUUUACGCCAAAGGGUACUGUCGUUACGGCAAUAACUGUCGGUUCCAACACAUCGACAACACUCAAGACUAUUAUCAAAAGACUUACCAAAACAGUCGGCAAUACGAUGGCAGACACACACAGACGGCUAACACUUCCAAUAAGAUUGGCUUCAGUUUCAACAAAACUCUCGAUAAUAUAACGACAAGUAAUACAAAUCCAGUGCUUCCGCAGAGGUUUCAAUUGAGUAGCUCUUCGGCCAACUAUAGACCAAAUGAGACACAAAACACUUCGUUCGCCAGAAAUGGGUUUCAAUUUGCGAACAGCGGUUCCACUCCUGCGGUCAACCAAAGGGUGGGAGCCUUUAGUUUCAACCGAACUCUUCAGCAGAUAUCCGGUGGUAAUGGAGUAGUGGUGGACGAUAUGGACAUGGAGUCGACGGCCAUCGCAUCCAUGCGACCCAAUAGUGUGUCGCGUGAACCACAACCCACUGGUUUUGGCGGCUUUUCGCAGACAAACACCAGUUUUGGAUCAAACAGACCGUUGAUGUCACCCAAACUGGACACAAUGGUCACCAAGACCUCGACAUUUGAUGUACACACCACCACUACUUCUGUUCCACAACCAAAUGAUGACAUCUAUUCCAAAGACUCGGAUUUGACGCCACAAGACAUGAGACAAUACUCGUCCACUGCAUUCACUUACAAAUCGAUACCUAUA